CAUUGUGAAACAGCAAGCAGUCCAACAUCGAGUCACAAAAUAUAGAGAAGUAUUAGCCUUAUAGAAAGAACUUGCUACUUACAUAUACAUACAUAGAAUUGUCAUCUUUUAAAUGAUAAAACAUGGGAAAUGGAAUGAACAAGGUAUUGCCGGGCUUAUAUGUUGGCAACUAUCGAGAUUCAAAGGAUACCCAACAGUUGGACAAAUUUCAAAUAACGCAUAUAGUGGCCAUACAUGAUAGUCCUAGAAGAUUACUGCCAGAUAAACAUUAUUUAUGCGUAAUGGCGGCUGAUACGCCCGAUCAAAACCUCUCGCAAUAUUUUAGUGUUUGCAAUGAUUUUAUUCAUGCUGCCCGUCUGAGAGAAGGUAACGUUCUGAUACAUUGUUUGGCGGGUAUGUCUCGCUCGGUUACGGUUGCUGUGGCCUACAUAAUGACUGCCACCAAUUUGAAUUGGAAGGAUGCUUUGAAAGUAGUGCGAGCAGGUCGCGCUGUUGCUAAUCCAAAUGUCGGCUUUCAAACACAAUUGCAGGAAUUCGAAAUGUAUCGCCUGGGCGAAGAACGCAGACGUUUAAGAGAACGAUUCCCCUCUACAGCUUUAGAACAACUAGACCGGGCCAAAUGUUUAUCGGCCUUGGACAACUAUGAGGAGUUGCUGCAAAACAAGGAUAUAUGUGAAGGAAAUUGUGUGCGAGGCGAAAAAUGUCCUACAGGUGUUUGUAAUAUGGACCCCACCAAAGGUCUCUUCCGCCGACGACCUUCAUCUGCCUCAACACGAUCACGCCUCCGACCACAAAGUUCUACUGGAGGUGUAACCACCGCACAGUCGUGUCCGACUUCACCGAAACACAACACCCAAGGUGGCGUGGGAUCACGUCGUUCAUUGGGUGGACAAAAAAUACCUGAGGACGAAGAGGCCCACCUUUCACCCACCACUUCUAGUGAAGCGGCCGAAUAUGCAGCCGCCAUAGAAGCAAGUCGCCUAGAGGCUCAACAGCAAAUGGUACAGCAACAACAGCAGCAGCAACAACAACUGCAAAAGUCACCUACAAGAAAUCCUGCACGAACACCUCGUGUCAGCAGUGCUGGAAGUCGUUUGACAGGAAAUUCCAAGGUCGGGGAAAUAAACGGAUCCCCACAUUUACAACGCAGUGCCAGUACGGUUAGUGGUAUGGCCGUUCGACCUCGCAGUAGUCCAGCCGGCUUACAUUCCUACACAGGUUCCGUGCCAUCCUCCGUCCAUGGAUCACGUGUUGACUUACGAGAUGCUGACAAGGGAUCGGCCAUAUAUUUAGGUUGUUCGGCUCCACGAAAUUCUUCGCUGUCACUGGCCUCAUCACGUGCUUCGUCGGGAUCAUCGGCACCACCCUCACCGGCAAGAACACCACCUGUUAGUCCUCGUCAGGGCGUUAGAAGAUCCACCAGUUUAAUGAAGAAACAAAGAUGAAAUUUCAUGGUGAUUUUUUAUAAAAAUCGUUACACAAUAUUUUCUUUUCUUAAGCAAUUUAAAAUUAAAUAAUUCUUAUGCGACAGCAAUGAUGAUAUACGUUCUAAGCUUAAACAUUAAUUAGCAUAUACGCAAAGGGAUCAUAUUGAUGAGAAGCAUUUUUAAAGAAUUAAGACAAUUUUUUAAGAAGCAUUUUGUUUAAAAACCAAAAAUGAAAAAACACAAUUAUUAUUAUAACUUAUUGCUUAAAAUGAAAUAAUAUUAAACUUUAAAGCUAAUCUAAUUAAUCACUUCAAAAUACUUAUUAAUAACUAUGAGCAUUUAACGCUUAAUCCACAAAAUGAAAAAUAAAUAAAAUUGAUUCUGUAAUAAGUUCAAAUACUUGUAUGCAUAAACUUAAAGAGCAAUUACAAUAGAUUUCUUACGUUUCGUUAAGAAAGGCUUACUUUGCAAACUAAAUAUUUAAUAUUUAAAUGAAUUCUAUAAUUAAUUACAUAGAAUAAGAAAAUAAUCUACGUACAUUUACAUGAUGAAACCGAAAAAUAUGUAUUUAACAAUCUGGAGCUAUUGUCAAAAACAAAGGACAUUUAUUUUUUCUACAUUUUUCUAACUAUUAAGCUUUAAUCAUACAUAAAUGUAAAAAAUUAAAACUAUCGAAAUAUUUAUACCAACAA